AUGAAAUUGAAACAAAAUAUAACAAAUUUUAAUGUUUUCUUUUUUAUAUUAUAUUUUGUACCAUUGCUUCAAAGUAUAAAUGCUAAGAUAACCAUAUCUGAUUUUAAUUAUUACGAUGAAGUAAAUGAUAUUAGUGUUAAUUCAUUAGAAACGGAAUAUAUAAGUAUUCUCAAAGUAAUAGGUGAUGGCACAACCAAUACAAAUUUUGAAAAUAGUUAUGACUAUUUAAUUUCUGAUGAUGAAGAAAACAAAAAUUGUAAUGUAAUCGAUAAUAAAUUAGGAAAUGUAAUUAUAAAGAAAAAUAAUGAUUCAAAUCUUUUAUUAGUUCAAAAAACAAAUUCAAAAACAUAUAUUAAAGACAAAAACAAUUUAUGCACCACUAUAACACCCAUUAAAGAAUCGAUAUACACCAUUCAAGAAGUUAAAACAGAGGAUGAUCAUAUAACUGUUGGAGACAUAGAACAGUGCAACGAUGAAAAUAUUCGUAUAUUUACCAAUUAUUUUGAUAUGCUAAAUGACAUCAUUAUCUCCGAAAGUGAAAAAUGUGAUCAAAUCAUAGGCCCCACAUUUCUUAAAAAAACUGAAGUUUUUAAUUGUAGAGGAAUCAUUGGACACAUAAAAGAUAUCCAAAAAUUAUAUAAUGGCACAUAUUAUAUAUGCAUGAAAGAUAAUUAUAUAUCGUUAAUACUUAGUAAGAUUAUUAUUGAUAAACCAAUUCCUACGAGUACAUUUGUUUGCAAUUAUAGAAAUCCAAACUGCUUAAUACCAAUUAAUGCUAAUAUUUUUAGCAUAGUACCAAUCAUCAAUGAUGAAACUGUAAUAGUUAAACCAAACUGCGCUGAUACAAGUUCCCCACAUAUAAAAACAAAUCAUAAAAUAGAUGGUGGACAUUAUAUAUUCAAUUUCGAAAAUAAUAAGGAAUAUUAUCUCGAGGUUUGCAUAAAAAAUGUGUCAAAAUAUGUAAUCGCGGGAUAUGUGUUUUUUUUAGAACCGUUUAAUCCCAUUACCUGCUUCGAAAAUUCCCAAUGCCCAGUUAAAGUAUAUAUACCAAAAGAAAAAAUUAAUGAUAUUGAAAACAAUAUUAAACUUGUAAAUCUUAUGUGGUCGGAUACUGAAUGUAAUCAGAAUAAAUCGACAACCAAAAAAAUAACUAGUAAUGUACAAAAAACUGAUGAUACUUUGUAUAUUAUUAGUACUGAUCCUAUAAAAAAUGAAACUACUGUGUGUUCAAAUAAUGACGAAUAUUAUGUUCCUUUAUUCACUAUACAUUUAAUAAAAAAUCCUGAAUAUAAAAUCCAUUACACCAUAAUAAAUGGUGUAGUUUUUAAUACUACGAAGUAUUUAUUUGAAUACAAUAAUUAUACAGGUCCAUAUAUAAAAUAUGAAUGCUCCCAUAACUUAAAUGUUAAAGAUGAAUAUAAUGAUUGGGUAGAUAAUUCUGAUAAUGAAUUUAUGCAGCCAUUUGGUAAAUUAAAUUUUAACACCAAUGAAAAUCAUGCCAUUACUAUGAGGGUAUGCUUAAAACAAUAUAAUUAUUAUGAUAUAGGAUUUGUACAAAUUGAAAAGGUGAGAAACUUAAAAAAUAUAUCGUUUAAUCCUUUCCUAUUUGAGGGUUCGAUCAUAUUAUAUAAAGAUAACGUCGACACAAAAAUUUAUCAAUUUGCACUAAAGGAGCAUGAAAAUUGCCGUUCCGAUAAAGGGCAUUUUUUAGUGUCUAUACCAUAUACAGAAUAUGUAGAAAUUCUAAAUAUUCACAAAUAUGUGUCAAUAAAUGGAAAAGUAAAUUACAAAUUAAAUUUGCAAAGCAAAUUAAAUAAAUCGAGAUAUUAUCUAUGUAUGUGUUCUGAAGAAAAACGUUGUAAACUUAAUAAUAAUCUAAUUAAUUAUUACACAUACACAAACAUUUAUAUAGAUAAUGAGGUAAAAGACUUAAAGGAAAUAGUGUAUAUAUGCAAAUUGUUUAAUAAAUGCACAUUUACUAUCCAAUUCAAUUCAUCACAAGUUUCUGAUAAAUGGAUAUCCAAAGUAGGAAAUUCAUGUAAUACAAAUAAAAUAGCAUAUGUUGGAAUUGAUUACAAAUAUAAUAAUAUGUUAACUGACCAUAAAUCCAAUAUAAUAGCUCUUGAUUUCAAUAUAUAUUAUAAUAUUAACGAAUGGAAUAAAAAUUUGUUCAAUACAAAUAUAGUUGUUUGCGGAAAUUAUAAUAAUCAAAGUUUUAAUAUUUAUAUAGAAAAUGAUCAUUUCUUAAUAUAUCAUAAUAUACCAAAUGUAGAAUUUGAUAUAGUUAAUAUAAAGCACAAUAAUUUAUGUAAUAACAAAAAGGAUUUAUACAUAUAUUCGUAUUUUAAUGGACAAGAAAAUUUAUAUAAAGAAAUAAAAAUUGAUGAAAAAACAAACCAUAAUCAAAUUAAUUUAAAAAUUGAUUAUAAUGAUUUAAAAGAUAACCAAUUAUAUUUUAUAAGAGAAUGCCAUUAUUGUCCUAAUGUAUUAACGUAUCGUCAUAAUGAAGAUCAUUACAUUUUUCGAAACACCGUAAAACCACCAGAAAGGAAAUUGGAUCAAAUAAUUUAUGAAAAUAAUUUAAGAUCACCAAACAUGGAUAUUUCCAUAAAUAUAUACAAUUGCGAAACCACUACAAAAGAAAAUCAUACAGUUACUAGUGUUAUCAUGUUUGAUGGUCCAGUUCAAGAAAUCAAUUUUUAUUGCCCUAUAAAUACUAACUGUACACACACAGAACAAUUCUACUUAUUAUGGUAUAAAUAUUCAUUAUAUAUUGAAGUUAGCGAAACAAAAAGAAUUAUAGUUGUAUUACAUGAAAUUCCAGAAAAAAGACUCAGUCCAACAAACUCAUUUAAUACAAUAAAAAUUUCGAAAAUGAUAUUAAGCUUAUCUUCUAUAAAAAGUGCUAGGAUGAAACCCGGCUCCUAUAAAUUGAUUUAUAGUAAAAAUAUUAAUGGCGUAAAUGUCGAAUCGUAUGUUGGCACAUUUCAUCAUAUUGGACCACAUGUACACACAAAUCUUGUAACUGAUACUGCAAAUAAUAUUUUACUUGAAGGGUACUUUAAGCAGAUUGAAAACGAUAAAAUUAAAAUAAUAACAUAUUCCACUUGCAAUUUCCAUAAAUUAUUAACAGAAAGUUCUAAACCUAUUGAAAAUAUUGAUGCAUUUCAAAAAAACAUUCUAAAAAAUAUUCAUGAAUGUAAAUAUAAUAAUGAUCACACAUUGAUGUGUAAUGAUAUACAAAUAACGAAUACAAAAAUUCAUUUAUGCUGGUGCUAUGAAAUAUCUGAAAAAUAUUGUGAAGAUUUAUUGAAUCAUCAAUUAACAAUAAUAGAAUAUUCACCGUUGGAAUCCAUUCUAAAUCCCGUUACUCAAAUAAGUAAAUCAUCAUAUUUUAAUUUUAUGAAUUACCAAACAGAUGGUUACUUUUUUUUAAUAGAAGAAAAUUGUUUAGACAUAAAAAAUUUAGAUUUAAGAUCAAAUUUAAAAGAUCCAAAUCAUAUUCAAGAAAUUUAUAAAAAAUUAAAAUAUCCCAAUAAAUAUAAUAUGUGUGUAUGUAUAUUAAAAGAAAAUAUUCUCUGUGAUAAAAAAACUGAUUUUUCACGAUUAAUCGUUAAUGUAGAACCAGUUUCAUAUCAAUUAAUUAAAAAACAUUUCCAAGAUGAUUUUAAUAAACACGGUAAUAUAGUUCAUGACUUUAAUUUUGAUCCAGAUUUUAAAGACAAAUUAGAUCAAGGUAUAGCACCAGCUAUUAUUAUUCUGCCUGGACCAACACAAUAUAAUAGCUAUAUCUGCUUUUCUGGAGUAUUGUGCAGAACAAUAACACAUUUUAAACGAAUAAUUCGCGUUGACGAAACAUAUAAAUAUAAAAAAAUUAAAAAUAACGAUGAAGUAAAUGACGAUGAAGGUGAACAAAAAGCCAAUGAUCAGAAGAACACAAAUAUUGUUAAGUAUGCAAAUGCGGUGGGUGAAAUAUAUUUUACAUUAAAUGAUACCAAAGAGUGUAAAAAUGAGUACCAAAAAAUAUACAAAAGCGAUCCGGGUGAUGUUUUUAUUGUUCAAGAAAUGCAAUAUUUAAUGCAUCAAUUAGUAGAUGUAACUUAUGAUUUGAAAGUAAAUAUUGUCCCCCCCAGAAUAGAUAAAAUUUAUGAGAUAUGUGUAUCAUUAAGUCUGAAAGAUAUAAAUUAUUAUAAUGUUGGAAAUAUUACUUUUUAUGGGAUUUUUAAUGAAAAUUAUAAUACUAGCAGUAGCGUAGGAAUUUCACCCGAUGGACAUAUUGCAGUUGAUUAUUCUGAAAUUAUUUCCGGUAUUCCUUUUAACCUUGAAAUAAAACAAUUUUACACAAGUUAUGAUAUAUUCAUUCGAGUUGUUCAUCAACAAUUUGGAGAUGGGCCAUCAUGUCACAUUAAUAAUAAUACUCGUGAAAAAAUUUAUUCUGAAAGCAUCGCUCAUGAAUUUCUAUUACAACAUGAAAAAAAAAAUAUAGCAGAUAAUGUUACUAGUUAUAAUUGGGAAAACAUAAUAUUAUCUUUAGAUAUGGACAAUACUAAUUAUAUGAUUUCACAUAAAAACAUAGACGUACCACAAUACAUUUUAGUUUGUUCUUGUUAUGAAAUAACUAAAGAGCAUUGCCAUUCUCAUGAUAUGUAUACCAGCGAAAUCAUGAAAUAUCGUAUACAUACAGCUAUUCUAAAAUCACCGAAAAUGAAUUCUACAUUAAAAUUUCUUGAACAAGUUUCUAUCACAUUGCAAACAUCCAAAGAGUUAGGUGGCUCUAUAAAAAUAUUUCCAAUAGAAAUAGAAGAAGACUUGAGCAAAUCGUGCUUAGAAUUAAACCGAAGAAAAUUUUUUAUAAUUUAUGAUCAACUCGACAUGAAUGAAUAUGAGCAACAUUACGAAAUAAUUAUUGAUUUCCUAGCACAAGGUAUUGUCAUAUGUUGGUGUCCCCAAUAUAUUUGUAAUGAUAAUGAUUAUUUAACUAAAGUCGCCUUUUUCAGAACGAAUGCUCCAUUAUUUUUAAAAGUUGAUACCGAUCCUACAGGAUAUUUUUCCUUUAAUUUUUUAAAUAAUUUAAUAAAUAUAAAUGAUAGAAUCACAUUUGUGGAUACUAAUUCUUCUUGUACUAGCAAUUCCCAUGAUAAUUUGUUCGAUAACACAAUUCAAAUAGAUAAUCAAACUUAUUCUCUAAGUUUUGAACAAAAAUUGAAUAUAUAUGGAACACCGCAAAAAAUUGUAAAAGAAAUAAAUGGAAAUUUUAUCUGGGUUUCGAAAAUUUAUAAAAUCAAAAAGCCAGAAAUCGGUUUAAAAAUAUGUUAUUGCUUUUAUUUUUAUAAUAAAAAUUGCAAUGAUGUAAAUGGUUAUAUAUAUAUUGGUCUCGUCUACAAUAAUAUGUUAAUGGAAAAAAACAUUACAAAUUCAGAUAUAAUUUAUAAAUCACCAAAUAUUAAUUAUUUCAGUAAAGAUUCUAUAAAGUUUGUUGCAAUAAAUAGCUUUAACAAAUAUACUAAUGUUUGUAACAAUAGGAUUCACACCAAUUUGGUUAUUAUACCAUUUGUUAAAAAUGAGGCAUUUCAAUAUCACGAUUACAAAUCACGAAUAUUAAAUGUUUUUAAAAAAUAUUAUAAAAAUGAAAUUAAUUUUGUAAUAUGCUAUAGUUCUUAUUAUUAUGGAAAUAAAACUACCUUUCUAUUAAAAGCUAUACAGCUUGAUGAUAGCCCUUCUUAUACAGACACGAUUAAUUAUAAUUAUGAAUUGAGUCAGAUGGGGCUUUUACUUAAUUCCAAAAAAACAAAUAUAAAUAAACAAAGUGAUGAUGAUUCAGAUUAUCUUGAAAAAAUAGAUGCAUCCUUGAAAAAAUUUAAACAAGACAAAAAUAUAUUUAAUGAGUAUUUUUAUAGGCCAAUUUCUAUUAAAUCACAAAAUGCUUCAAAAAUGAAUAUAUAUAAUAAUUAUCAAGAAUAUAAUAAUGACAAUAUGCCAUUAGAUGCAAAAUUAAAAAAAUUAUUAUCUAAGUUUUAUGAUAUACAAAGUCUUGAUUCAAAUGAAUUGAUGUAUUAUAAAAAUAUUCCGAGUACAUUUGCAAACCUUAAUUUAGAGAAAAUAAUUAUCAUCAAUGCGAAAAAGGUUAUAUUUUGUUGCCACGAAGGAGAAUAUGUUGAAGUUGAAAUAGCCAAAGAUAAUAAAUAUAUGAUUAAAAAGGUUCCCAAAAUACAGCAGUUGUUAAAUAAAUUUAAAAAUUAUAAUCCACAACUUGAACAAAAUAUUAAAGAUCAAAAUUUAAUAUUAGAACAAUUCAACAAUUUGCAUUACAAAAAUAAUCACCCGCAUUAUUUAAUGAUAAAAGAUUCAACAGAUAUAGGAUUUUAUAAAAACCAUAUGAUUAUCAAAUUAGUAAAAUCUAACUUUUCUAUACAAAUAAAAGGAGAAAAUAUACCAGACCAUAAUUUUAUAUUAUAUAUAAUAGAGUUUAACAACAGUUGUUAUAUCAUUGAUAAAAAAUUAUUUUAUGUAGAAAAAUCUGAAAUUUCCAAUAAAAAUAGUAAAUCCAUAACUUUCAAAGACAUACAAAUAAGCAAAAUAAAUAAUUAUAAAUUAUGUAUUCUAGACACAACGGAAAAUAUAUAUACAGACGUAGGGAUAUUAAAUAUUACAAAUUAUUAUAUUGUAAAUGAUUCAUAUUUUGAUGAUGAUAACGUUCAAUCAACUAGUAGCCAAAAUAAUUAUGCCAUUUUACAUGCUUGUGUAAACAUGCAAUAUAACAAUGUUUAUAUAAUAAAAAAAAGUAGAAGCUUCUAUUUUGAAAUUGAUGUGAAAAAUCUAAUGUUUUUAAAAAAAGAUAAUAAUUUUAAUAAAUAUUUUCCUGAAUUACAGCAACAUCACCUAAUAUCUUGUAAAAGUAAAGACAAAUAUACAAUUAUUUUAACCAAAACUCACGUAUUUCUUUACACACUGAAUCAUGAUAAUAAUACUAAUGAAUUUUCCUUCGCAACAAGCCACAAUAUAAUGUUUGCUGUUGAUAUCGAUUUCGACGAAGAUUAUAUAUACAUAAGUGAUUUGCACUUAAAGAAAAUAGUUCGACUGCAAAUUAUGGCUAAUGGAACCCCAAUAUCAAUAAUGAAUAAAAGAUCGAAAAGAAGUGUCAUAGGGGUAGAUCAGCCAAAUAUUAAGGUGCUCCAAAAAAAAAUGCUCAACAAAGGUCAAAUACUUAAGAGGUAUGUUAUACAUGAAAAAACUAAUGAUGAAAAUAAUUUACAGGCAAAUCAUUUAAUAAACAGUUCAAAUAUUUAUGAUACGCAACGUUACUAUAGAUCUGAUAUGUUAUCCCCAAAAUUAUUAAUUAAUAAAAAAUCACAUAACUUAGACAAGCAGACAAUGAGAACAAAUCUAAAUUGCAAUCCACAAAGCACUCAAGAUACAAAACAGGAUAAAGAGAUAGUUACUUUUUUACAACAAUAUAAUAAUCCCAUACUUUCUAAUAAUGUAAAAAAGGAUUUUUUAAAAGAUAAAAAUAUUCAAAUGGAUUCUAGAGAGAACAAAUUUGUUUAUAAAGAUAGAAAGAAACCUAAAGAAAGUUCAAUAAGUAAAAUAAUUAGUACACUAUAUAAUUAUCUCAAAAAAGCAGUAAAUAGCAUAAGCUCAAGUGUAUAUUUAUACAAAAUAUUCGAUCAUAAAAAUAUUCUCAAAGAGAAAUCAAUUAUCAGUACUUUUUUUAAUUUGUUCAAAAAAAGCAAAAAAAAUAAUAAUACUUUCCAUAACGAUGCAAUAUCUUUAAAAGUACCAGAUUCUAUAAUUGUGCAUGAAGAAAAGAAUGUGCCUAAUAGCUCUAGCAUUAUGAGUACUACUAAAAUUACAAGAAAAAAACGAAGCGCACUUCAAAAAUUAGACCAAUUAAAUUAUGACCAAAUCAUACAAAAGAAUAUUGAAAAUUUUGUAAACUUUCCAAAUACAGAAAAAUAUUUGCUUAAUAAUAUGGAUUAUCUUGAUAUUGAAAAAUUAAAAAGUCCAUUAUAUAUGUCUAUACAUGAUAAUAUAUUAUAUCUAUUAGACAGAACAAAAAACAACUUUUUCAGUUAUAAUUUGAAAAGUAAAGAAAUUAUUGAAUUAGAAAAAUACAAUUUUUCAACACAUAAAUUUACUUUAAAUAAUCCUUUUAAUUUUUCAAUAUAUGAAGGAAACAAAAUUAUAUAUACUGAGCAUACAAAUAAAUUAGCAUUUGUAUCACAAGUAAACAGUAAUGAAGUAAAAAUUAUUGACUUGAACCAAAAUAAAUACAAAAUUAUUAAAGCAAUCAAAUUAAUAAAAGGAUAUAAAAAGCAUCAUAUUAUUAAUAAAGUAAUACCAAUAAAUGAAACUUUAUUAAUAAUCACGUCACGAGGUCUUAAUGAUAAUGCAAUUACUCCUCACAACUACCAUUAUUAUUUUAAUUUAUUUAGUCAUUAUUUUCAAAUGUCUUUUAGUUAUACAUUUUCCAAAAGGUAUACUGCAAAUGAUGAUUUACACAUAAUACCAGAAAUAGAUAAAAACAGUGAUAAUAUUAUUUAUUUCUGUUUUUUGAAUUCAAACCACAAAUGCACAAACGUAGAUGAAUUAACGAAAUUAAACAUUUCUCAUGAUACUGGAAUAAUAACAGGAAAACUAAACUAUUUUGGUACAUUUAAAUUAACAAUUUUUGCAAAAACACAUUUUCAGUAUAAAAUUAAUAUUUAUGAUGACUUAUAUUCUUAUUGUGGCAUUGGUAAAAAAUUUAAUAUAAAUAAUAACGGAUGCGAAGGUUGCCCAAUAGGGACUUUUUGGAAUAAUGAUAUGUUAUUAUGCGAAAAAUGUGAUGUAUAUAAAAAAAAUACGUCUACACUAAAAAUCGGAUCAAAAUUAAUAACAGAUUGCUUAUGCUCAGCUGGAUAUGAAUAUUCAGAAAAAACACAUAGUUGUGAACAAUGCAAACCAGGUUAUUACAAAAAUAGAGUUGGAAAUUUUAUUUGCAUUAAAGGAUGCAAAAUUAAUGAAGCAAGUAUUAUAUACGGGGCUACCACUUAUGAUGAAAUGUCUUGCCAAUGCAUUGAAGGGUAUUAUAUGAGCAAUCAAAAAUGUGUAUUAUGUUUAAAAGAUCAUUAUUGCCCAGGAAAUGGAAUUAUUACACAAUGCGAUAAAAAUGAAACAUCACAAAUAGGAUCAAACUUGAAAGAAAAUUGUGUAUGCAAAGAAAACUUCAUAUAUAAUAAAGAAAAUAAUAAUUGUACUUAUUGUGUAUCUAUUGCUAAAGUUAAAUCUGAACCCAUUUAUUGUAAAUUAUGCGAAGAAAAAUAUCUAAAUGCCGAUAUUUUUGCUGUACCUCAUCAAAAUAAUUACGGGUUAGUAAAUACGAUACAUUAUUACUAUGAAGAUUUUAUCUUGGAUAGAGAAAAUGUGAGAUAUGCUUAUUUUAAUAAAAAGUUGGAACGCGAAGAAAAUCGAAAAAUUCAAAUCGAUCCGAAAAUGCCUAGAAAUUAUGCAAAUUAUAUAAAUUUUAUAAAAUUUAAAGAUGGUGAUAAUAAUAAGGAUAUUGUUCCCAACGAAGGGAACAAUGCUAAAGAUACAAUAAAAUUUGCAAUUGAAGUUAACAUGCAUAAUCGUACUAACUGUAUAUUUUGUGAAAGUGGAUAUUUUAUAGAUUCUAAAAAAAAUAAAUGCUUGCCUUGCAGUAAUAAGUAUUGUAGAGGGUUUUCCAAAGAACCAAAAAAUUGUCCUCAUAAUUCCAUCGUAAGUAAAAAGAUGGCGUCUUCUAUUUUAGAUUGUGUUUGUAAACGUGGUUAUGGAACAUUAAAUGAAAGAAGAAAUGGGAUUAAAAAAUCUUUGGCCUGUAAGGUAUGCCCAAAAAAUUUCUUUAAACACAACACAACCGAUGAAUAUUGUUUACCUUGCCCCCAUAAAACUUAUACAUUAUCAGAAGGAUCACAUUCGAUACUCAGUUGUUUGCCUAGGGAAGGGCAUUUUAUACUAAUGCUUAGGAAUAUAAACAUAGAAUAUUUAAGGUAUAAAUUUGAUUCGAAAAUGGAAAACACAAUUUAUAAUUACUUUCAAAAUAAUAACAAAAGUUUUGACGAUGAUGUGUAUGACUUAUUUUUAAAUAAUAGUUUUGAGCAGGUAUUUCAAAAUUUGAAUAAUAACAUACAAUCAAAUAAUAGCAUUAAUAAAAAAAAUGGAAAUAAAGAAGAAAACUUAAAUCCCAAAGCAGAUAAAAAUCAAAAUGUCGCCAACAAUAAAAAUGAUAACAAUAAUAAAUACAAUUUAAAUGAUUUGAGAAAGCUUGGGUUUCUUGAACCAAACUCAAUAUAUUAUUUAUAUUCAAUACUGUUAAAAAAUAUAGAAGACAAUUAUAACUGGGAAAAUGACAAUAAUUUAAAUGUUAUUUGUCAUAUUAAUGUUCACUUGAAAAAUAACCCCAAUUACACAGUUACAUAUACACCAAAUUUGAAGUCGUGCAUAUCCAGUUGUAAAAGUAAUAUAUAUUGUACUGGUAUCGAAUUUUCUCGAAAUCAGGUUGAAUAUGAACAAAUUUUUUUAAAAAAUAAUCAAAAGAUCAUUGUUGGAUAUUUUAAAUGCAAAAAAUUUUAUUAUAAAGAUAUAUAUUAUUAUUCUUCAUCUAAUUUAGAACAAUUUUUAAAUGAAAAUGUUCAGAAUGGCGUACCAAUAAAGAAUGCUCUGGCUUAUAAAAACUUUAUAUUAGAAUACAAAAAUAAAACAAUAUUUACGUGUUCUAUAGAUAGAGAUAAUAAAUAUUUAUUAUAUAAGAAAUAUCAAGUAACAGAAUGUUUUGCUGGAAAAUUUUGCCCUGGUAAUAAUAUCCCUUAUUUGAUAUCAUGCCCAAACAAUUCAAUGACAUUAGUAAAAUCAGCAUCUAAUGUUGAUAAAUGCCUAUGCAUGGAAGGUUACGCAUAUUUAGGAGUAUUAUCUCAUCGAUGCUCGAUUUGUGAAAGAGGUACAUAUAAACACACAGUAGGAAAUACAAAAUGUGAAAAUUGUCCUUUAACCUUUUCUACGAUCAAAAUUGGAUCCAAAAAUAUUAGCGAUUGCUCAUGUACCGUUGGAAAUUAUAUCGAAUUUGAUACGUUAAGCAAUUUUAUUAAAGCAGAGCAAAUUAAUUACAAAAAUAUUGAUCAGUAUUUUAUUGUUCCCCAAAAGGCUGAUGAUAAUAUAUAUUACAUGACAAAAGCUAUAAAAAUAAGUUUACAUAAUCUUAAUAAAAAGCGUGACGAAGAAUAUAUUAAUCAAAUAUUAAAACUUCAUAUAGCAGUAUGCAGACCCUGCUCUCUUGACAACCAUUAUUGUGAAGGUGGUAUAGAAUCAAAUGUUAUUUUUAAUAAUAAACUUAUAAGCAACAAAAUUCACACAUUGCCAAAAAAAUGCCCUAAUGAACUUGUUAUACCUCAAGGAAUUAAACAAAGAAGUUCAAUAAAAAAUUGUUUAUGCGUUCAUGGAAAAGUCCUAAGAGAAUCAAAAGACAAUACUCUUGAAUGCUUUCCAUGUCCUCCUAAUACAUUUAAAGAAAGCGAAUAUGAUAAUAGUUGCUCAGGAGUUUGUCCACACUUCUCAACAUCUUUUAUCGGCUCGUCAUUUGAAAAUCAAUGCUUUUGCAAAAAUAAUUAUUACUUAGUCACUGAGAAAGUUUCCAAUCCAAAAAGCUUUAAUAUAAAAAAAAACUGCGAAGUAUGCCCAGAUGGAGCUAUUUGUAAUAGAGGUUUUAACAUCAAUUUAUUUAUAAAACUGUUAAAGGACAGAGCAUAUAAUAAUAUAAGCAUUUUAGAUCAUGAAAACCCAUAUCCAGUAUAUGGAUAUUACGCAGUAUACAAAACGAACAAUAAAAAUACUUUAUGGACACCCAUGGACGACAAAAAUAAUAGCAGCGAUGAUGAAAGUGCAAAAAACAACACGAAAAAUGAUACAUAUACAAAUUCCAAAUAUACUUAUCCAUAUUAUAAUCUAAUUUUAUACAUUCAAAACCAUGUGCAAAACAUGAAUUAUUUUUUCUUUGAAAAUAAUAGCAAAUUAUAUUUAGAUAAAACCUUCAUAGAAUCUGUAAAGAAUAAAAAUGAAAUGGAAAAAAAAAAUAAUAAACAUGCAGAUGCAACAAAAUCAUAUAAUGAUAUGUAUAAUCAAUACAAUACAAUAUCCUUUAUUCAAAAUGAGGACAAAUAUGAUAUGCUCAAAUAUAAAAAUGACCAAAGUCAUAACAAUCGUAAAGAAAAUAAUAUAUAUACAAAACAAAACAUAAAUUUAAAUACAACUCACCAUCCCACAAAAGCUGAUUUUUAUAAUUUAUUGGCUAAGCAAGAUCAAUAUUUGUCCUUUUUAGAAAGCAAUAAAAAUAUUAUCAAAGACACCAACAACGAUACGGAUAAUUUAAUAAAAGAAAUGUUUGACAAUAAUCUAAAAGCGGCAAAAGAAAUAGAAGAAAGGAACACCCAGUUUGAAAGAACUCCUGAUAUUCACCCAUGCAAUUUAUCAGAUAGAUGCCUUGGAACUAUAACAAAUUUAUGUUAUGAAGGCUCAACAGGAUAUCAAUGUAAUAGUUGUUCAAAAAAUUAUGACAUGAAAUAUUUUAAAUCGAAAUGCACAAAAUGUAGAAAUAUUUAUCAUGAAAUAUUAAGCAUAAUACUAUUAAAAUUUAUAUAUUAUGUAAUUGUUAUUUAUAUUGUCUCAUUAAAUUAUAAUAACUGUUUAAAUAAGUUAUAUGUAAGUGGAAUUCUAUUCAGAAUAUGGCUUAAUUGUUCAUUUAAUUUUAUUUCUUUAGGGCUAUUUUCAUCUAAUAGUCUUUCAUUUAUUACAAGAUAUUGGUAUGUAUAUAAAGGGAUAUUCCUUUAUCACUUAAAAUUUUUUUCAUCCUAUAUAAGAGUUGGGUGCUUUAUGAGUUAUUAUAAUACUAAUAUUACGUAUAAAAGUAUAUGGUAUAUACAAAAAUAUCUAAAUAUUUUUACAAUUUUUUUCGACAUUUUUUUUAUUACUCUUAUUUUAUUUAUUACUAUGAAAAUAUCCAAUUUUUGGAACCGAAAAAAAAUACAAAAUUUUGAGAUUAUGUUAUCUACGAUGCCCGAAGUGUACGACAAAUUUAAAAUAGAACAAAAUGAAAAAAGAAAAAGAAAAAAUAAAAAGACACAAAAAAUACACGUACUUAAUAGCAAUCACGAAAACCAAGAAUAUGGAUCACAAAGUAAUUUAACACUCAUACACGAUUUAGAAAAAAAUGAAAGUCAAUCAGAUGAAUAUGCCACUCAUGACGAUGCAGAAACUUUCCAAAACAAUAGACAUGAUUGCAAUUCACAGAAUGGGCGAAGUGAAGAACCCCAUACUUUGAAAAAUAAUGCAAAUAUUCCAAUAGAAAAAAACUUCAAUUUCCUAACAAAGAAUAAAAAGUUAAUGUCGAAUAAUAGUAAAAUAGAGAAUAAUUUAACCGACGACAAUUAUGAAUUAAAAUACAUAAAAAAAGAGCAUACCUUGUAUUCCCCAUUUUUGAAUGAAACUGUUGAAUAUAUUUAUGAUAAAAAAAUGUUUGGUCCAUGGCGUUUUAUACAUAAAAAAAAUGAUAGUUUCAAAAAACAAUUCUUAGAAUUCAUAAGCGAUACCAUUCCAUGUUAUAUUUUAAUGAUUAUUAUUUCAACCCCUUAUAUAUUUUUGGAAACUAUGCAAUUAUUUUAUUGCAAAUCUAUCAAAUUUAAGUCUCAAAAAAGUGAAUUAUAUUUAGCAUAUUUGACUACUCAAAAAUGUACAACUUCUUCAGCUUCCUUUAUAAUGGGCUUAAUUGUAGCAUUCAUAGUAUUCUUAUUUUACAUAGCUAUAUGGAUUUUUCUAUUAUAUUUAUAUUCAAAGAGAAAACAAAUUAAGAUGUCUGACAAAUUCCUCAAUAAUUUAUUAUCAGGAUAUGGACAAGGAAAAGAAAUAUUUGAAGUGAUAUUUUUAUUUAAAAAUCUAAUCCUAGUGGUUAUAAUAGGAUUUACUAUUUAUUAUCACUAUUAUUAUAUUGUUUUAGUGACUUUAACAUUAACAUUAUUUUCGAUAUUAGAAAUAAUCUCAAAUCCAUUUGAUAGACGGUCGUUUAAUAUACUAAAUAUAUCAUUACGCGUGGGAAGUGUUUUAAAUAUAUUUUUUUCGAUCAUGAUUUGGGGAAGCUUCUAUUUGAAUUAUGAAAGAUAUAUUAUGUUUCCCUUUUCCCUUGUCAUUUUAUAUCAUUUUUAUAUGGUUCACAAUAUAGUUAAAGAAGUAAUUUUUUCGAAAUAUUUUCUUACCAUGCAAAAUUAUAUUAAUGCACAAACUGUGGGAUACGAUGACCACAAUAUUAAAGAUAAAAAUUAUAAAUUUUAUUAUAAAGUUAUGAAUAAAAUCAAAUUUGUCUUAAAAAAGAGCCAAAAAGAAAGUAUAUUGCAAUAUGCCCAAAAUUAUAACUCUAUAGAAAAAACGCCCAUCCAACCAAAAGAAUACAUACACUUUGAGGCAAUUGAAAAUAUUAUCAAAAAAUAUAAUGAUAAUUUAAAAAAAACUGUAAUAAUAAAUAGAGACCAAAACGAAGAAAUAAUAGACAACGAAAAAAAAGAUAUAAAAGAAAAAGCGAACUCUUCAUUAAAACAAAAACAAUUAUCCAUUAAUAUGUGCAAUGUAGCAUAUAUAUGGUAUGAUGAACAAAAUGAAGAUUUAUUUUUCCAACUGCCUUUUGAAGAUAAACUAUCUUCACGUUUUAAUAAAGAACCCGAUGAAAAAACAUAUAAUAUAUUCGCUCGUAUGUUAUAUUACAUCAAAGACAAAGAAACAAAAUAUAAUAUCAAAUAUUUUGUACUAGCUAUAAUGCAAGUUAUUGAUAAAUUCGUGGUUAUAUCAAAAUCUUGCUCUAUAUAUGAAAAUUGGUUUGACUUUGCAAUGAGAUUUGCAUUUGUUUAUAUAUCAUGGAUUAAAAGAAUUAAUAAAAAUAAUAUAAUUAUACCGACCAACAUAGAUCAAUUACAUGUUAUAACAGAUGAAUUUAUAUAUAUCCCUUUAUUUUAUAAAUAUGACUAUUCUGCUUGCCCCCCAAAACCAUUUUAUGAAUCUCCAAAAGAAGAAAAAGAUAAUGCUCCAAAUAACGAUGAAGAAGGAAAUUAUCGAACUGAAACUUUGGAAAAAAUGAAUAGUUUCCAAAAUACAGAAAUCAAAAUUAGUCGAAGCUAUGGAUCAUAUAGCAAAAUGAGCAGUUUAAAGAAUAGGAAAAAAAGCAAAGGAAAAAUUGAUUAUUUUAAUGAGCAAAAUAGUAGGGAAGAUUUAUCUAAUGAAAAUGAUACAAAUUCAUCCAAUCUUGUUCGUGGGAAUACAAAAGAAUCUAAAUUAGAGCAUUUUGGCAACGAUUCUCAAAGUGUAAACAGUUCUAAAGGUGACAAUAAUAGUUCAAGUGAAGAAAAUUCUGUUAUAAAAUAUUUAAACAUAAAGGAAGGCAGAAAAAGAACCAAAUCAAAGGGCAAGACAAACAUAUUAAACAAAAAAAUAAAUUCCAACGAUGAUGAUAGCAAAAUUGAUAAUAUUGUGAACGAGGCUUCGCUAAACACAUUUAACUACUCAUUAGAUAUUUUUUCCUCGGAGAUGUUUAAUGAAUCGAAUUAUCACAUCCUAAUUUCUCUGUUUGAAUUGUAUAUAGCUAUGAGUACAUUAAAAACUAUGAAUGCUCAUUCCUUUAAUAAAUUAUAUAAACUUUAUAACAAAAAGUAUAUGAGUUUUGAAAAGAAUCUUACGUUUUACAUUAAUGAUUUAAGAAAUGAAAUAAAACACAAAGCCAAUGAAAUCGAUAAUGAAAUUGAUAAUGAAACAAACAAAGAAAAAUAUGCUGAACAAAUUAGAAUACAAAAUUAUUAUUACUAUAAAGAGGAAUUAGUAAAACGUAAAAACAUUGAGGGAGAGUUGCUGUCAAAAAUAAAAAACUUAGAAGAUUGUAUUGAGGCAAAUAAAAGGUCGCGUGCAAUAAGAGAUCUUCUAAGAAGUUCACGAAAUAAUAAUGAACCAGAUGCGAAUUUAGCAGACAAUAUUAAUUUCAUAUUCUCAUUUCUGCAAAAUGAAGGGACCUAUAAAUUAGAUCAUUCAAAAAAAAAGGAAUAA